UAUUACUGUUUGAUGUCAAAGUGAACUUUAAGACUCAGUUUAUGUUUAUUUAAGAUAUUAGUUUAUAAGGUUAGAAUUACAUUGUGAAAGUCAAAAACUUUGAUGAGGAAAUUGAAAGUGAGUGAACAUUCCUGAUGUGUGUUCCAGAGCAGCUGAAAGUCCUGCUCCUGGUGGUGCUGAGGCAGGUGAAGGAAGAUAAGGAUAAGAGAGUGGGAGGGUGCAGCAAUAUACGGAGCUACCCCUCGCUGUCUGUCGUUGUUGCCGGCAGCCCUAACCAGCUGUGAAUGACGCCCUCCCAAAGUGGAAUCCGUCGCUGGCUGCCAUAGAAAGACGCUCUCUCCUCAGACGCCACGACCUCCUCCUGAAAGUCCUAAUUUGAUCAAAACUCAGCAGAGAAAAUGGAUGUCCAAAUUGCAAAGACCACCCAGAAUUUGACCACUGCAGCUGAUAUGAGGGUCACCACCCAGAUGUUGAUGCAGCCCAGUGCAAACUGGGAGGGUUACCUAACUCCUGCUCCUCUCUCCAUCGCCAUCAUGGGGGAGCUGGUCUUCAUCUCAUCAACCACUGAUUUCUCCAUCAACAAGAAUCCCCCAAAAGAUGGAUUCAAGUACAUAAAGUACCCAGACUCUUUUAGGGCUAGUCUCAUGCAAAUCUGUAACUCAGGCUGGCACGCUUUCAACUUAGCCCACAAGAACAUGGAUCAAAUCCGCAUUCAUACUUUCACUGUUCCAGAUUAUAUGAAAGCAGUAGUCAAGAUUCUGUUUCAAGGAAAUGAUGAAAUUGUUGAAACUCUCCUUCCAAACCAGCUGGAAAACAUCCGCAGCAUUUCAGACGAAUGUGUGGUGCUAGCAGAGAGCGUUGAAAAGAAGUAUGAAUAUGUUAUUAAUAUAAUUCAGGAGCUGCUGGAAGCCUGUAUCAAUGCUAACCAUGUUUAUGGAGAAGAGCUGGAGAACGUCAGGAUGAAACUUGAGGAGAAUAAAUUGAAGGAGCAGACUUCAAAGGAGCUAAAUGAACGAUCCAAGAAAGCAAUGGAGGCCAUGUCAAAGGAGCUGGAAGAAACACAAGAACAGUACAAAAAGGCCAUGGAUUCCAUCCCAUCAGGAUGGGAGAUGAUUGGCAUGGAUUUAGUUGAAGGAAUGACAUCCGUUCUGAAAGUAUUCAGUUCAGGAGCAGCUUUUUGUAAGGGUCUCAUUAAAAAUCCCUUUGGUUCUGAGAUUAAUCUUUUUGACAAAGGUGAGGAUGUUGACAUGAUUGCAGAAAUGAAAAUAUGCAGCAGGUCAGGACAAAUCCUUCAACUUGCAUCAUCAUUCAGUCAGUUCAUCAAUAACAAUGGGAUCAAUUGGAAAGAGAUCUAUGAUCAGAAGAACAAGUGUACAAAAACUACAUGGCAAAGAGAUCAAUUUGAAAGAAUUCAUCAGGAGGUGGAGGAUCUUCCAAGGAGUAAACUAAAAGAAACUGCUCUGUUCCUCUGCCAAAGAGGCAUCAACAUCUGUGAACAGUUGGCAAUGUACGCACCUGGUCAGAAAUGUGAUAGAAAAAUGGCAAACAAACUGAUUAAAGAAACAAAGAAGCUGUGUGAUGAUGCUCUUAAGUUUGAUUGUAAAAGCAAAAAAAAAAGUGGUUCUCCAGCUUUGAACCCCAAACCUCCAAUGAUGUUCAAAACAGAGGAAAACUCUGGAAGUCCGUCUGCCAGCCAGAGAGCAACAGAGAACGCUUAUUUUCGAAUUGAACAGAGCCGAGAACAACUGAAGCAAACACGAGAAGCAUAUGAGAAGGCUGUCCAGAACAUGGAGCAGAACCAAAGAGAACUGACUGAGAUCCUGGUUGAGAUGCAGAACUGCAAGAUCAAAGAGAUUGACUUUGACACCACCAUCAAAAUGCUGGUCAAAGGUAUGGAUGCCAUGGGUAGAGUGAAGGAGCAGUGGGAGAAGAUGGUGCGCUUCUUCCAGAUGGUGGCCAACAUUGUGAAAACCAGCCUUGGAACCACGCUGAACAAUUUUGUGAAGACAUCUGAAGACACAAAGAAAUUGUCCUACAACUCAAAGCUCUUUGCUAAAGACAUGCUGUACAACCAGGCUUUUGAAGCCUCCAACAUCGCCAGUCUGGUCCACAUGAUCUCAGGGACCUACUGUGAAGUGUCCAACAAGUACCUGAUGGACAGAGUGAGCAGCUUGGGUAAGCUUAUGGCCAUGGACAAGGAGAGUCCAGAGUUCAUGCAAGAGCGACUGAAGCUGCAGGAGUCCUGCCAAGAAGCUCAAGGCGGCAUCAUGCAUUUGGUUCUGAGGAACAAGAAAGAAUUUGAAAGGAAGACAGAUGCCAGGAUGGCUCAAAUUGAGGGAGAGCUCAAAGCAAUCCUGCCGUCUGCUCCACCAUCAGAGACCCAAAGAAUCAAAGAAAUAGUUCAGACUGGGUUUGGAGAGGAAGAAGAAAAUUAUUACUGAAACAACUAAAUGAUCUACAGUUGUUUGAUGUCUCCUGUAACAUUCAGGAGUCAUUGUAAUAGUUUAGUGCUAGUAUAUUCUCUGUAGUAAACACAAUAAGUAAUGUAAUUCCAUUUUGUUUAACUAGUAAAAUCAAUAAGCGAGACAACAUAACUUUGUUGAACUUGAAUCCUAAGAUUUCAUAUAUAUUUUAGUGGCAGAUUUGAAAAAGUUUAGACAUAAUUUAAUCCGGUAUUAAUAAACUACAUGUAGUUCACGUCUUUAUUAUGAGUCAUAAAUUCAGAAUAAUUGUUUCAAAUGCAAGUAUUCAAAUGUUGAUGUUUAACCCUUUAACACCCGGGGAUGUCGCUGACGACACCUAAAUAACACACGCUCUUUGACCUACUGUAACUCAUCGACCGUUUACGCGAUUAACAGUCAUCUGAUUCUGGCUGUGACAAAAGUGGCUUUAAACCAAUAUGCAACAAUUUGCAGUGCAAAGCCACUGUUAUUUGCACCAGAAUCAUCUCAAUUAAAAACCCUUCACUAUUUUAAAGUGUUGCGUGACAGUAUUAGGCACCUUUUCUAUGCUUUAGAAUCUGCUGGAUUUUAAAAACUUUUGAAGAGCUGCUGUGGUCAAAAGAAUGUCAACGAUAGAGCUUAAGCUCUGGUGUUAAAGGGUUUACUUUGUCAUUGCUGAACCCACUUUCAUUUAAACUUUGUGCAAUCUUGUUUCAUCUCUGAAGUAUUGGCUGUAUUUUCACAUCACUUCUAAACUCACUAUGAAAUAUAUUGUGUAUGACAUGACAUCACUCACAUGACAUCACAUCACUGAAUGCUUAGAACAUUUAAGAGUAAAACCAUGUUGGAAUUUUUUUUAUCCAUUGCAGUUAGAUGUGCUCCUGUAGCAUAGUUCUUUUUUUUUUAUUACUAACUUGUAUCUUAAACAGUUGAAUGUAAUUGCUUUCUUACACAUUAUGUUGAAUUGUAUCUACCAACCAUUGUUCAUAUUUUCAAGUCAGUUUUAAAAUAAAUAUCAAAAAGGCAGA